CCUUAAUUCGCUAAGAAAAUUCAAUCGGGCCUCUAUUCGUGAACCGUUUCACUUUCUAAAAAGUCAUGAAUGUUUCUAUGAUACUUUUAAACGAUACGCUAGAACUGAAAAGGGUAAAAAGUAAAAGGUAUCACGAAAUUAAGGACUCGGAUAACCGCUACAAUCUACGAUAGAUGAACACGUGUGACGUAGCUACGCUGAAUAUGCGUAUACCGUGCGAAGCAAAGUUCGCCAAGUGAAAUGUUGCAAUAAACGGGAACAUUCGGAACAUUUCAUACGCGACAAUAAGGGAGAAAAGAAAGGACGGUGUUAAAGGGAAAAAAGAAAUACAUAUGAAAAGAUGUUGCGGUGUUUACACCGCGAAUCGAUUAAACCUUGAAAUAUUCGAAAGAAUAGUUGGAACAGAGAGGACGAUAGAGACAGACAUCGAUCGAGCAUUCAGGUCGCUAUCUUGCGGCGUUUACAAGCAUUACGAGUGUAGUUAUACAAAAUCGAAAAAUGGCUGUUCUAUCGGUGUUUCACGGGAAAUAGUACGUACCUAGAGCUCUUACAGACGUAUCGAAUACAUCUUCUUUGUCGCGAACAAAGUGAUUGGAAAGAUAAAAUGAGGAGUGAGACUAGAAAGAAAGAAAAAGUAAAAUAGCGAACGGUCGAAUUAAGCCGCGGCAGAGAGAAACAUAAGAGAACGGUGGGGUGGGGUGGGGUGGAACAGUGGGAGAGGGUGAGAAAGGAAAAGGAGAGAAAGAAAGAUGGAAGGGUGAAGCGAAGAUAGAGUUAGCGGGAAGGGGAAGAAAUAGUGAUAGCAAGUAUCGAAGGAAAAGGAGACAAGGAGAGAGAUGCGAAUGGAAAGUGCGCAAUCGUGAAAAGACUUGUACACUGACUGGAGAAACUUUGGAUUUCGAGGAAACACCGUCGAGGAUUAAUAGUUCAUCGUUAAUAGAAUAUCAUCGCAUCCCGAUCAUUCGACCAAUUUGCUGCCGAGGAAUGUAGGCGACGAAAGUACGGAUCAGAACAAUAACAUAACUAUGACGAGCGAGGAUCUGCUACAGCCUGGCCAUGUGGUCAAAGAACGCUGGAAAGUCAUUAGAAAAAUAGGAGGUGGAGGAUUUGGGGAAAUUUACGAAGGUAUAGAUUUAAUGACAAAGGAGCAAGUCGCGUUAAAAGUGGAGUCUGCUCGUCAGCCGAAGCAGGUCCUUAAAAUGGAAGUCGCCGUAUUGAAGAAACUCCAGGGUAUGGAACACGUGUGCAGAUUUAUCGGUUGCGGUCGAAACGAACGUUUCAAUUAUGUCGUGAUGCAAUUGCAAGGGAAAAAUUUGGCUGAAUUGCGUCGUGCCCAGCCGAGAGGUGCGUUUUCAUUGUCCACCACCCUUCGUUUAGGACUUCAAAUUCUUCAAGCAAUAGAAAGUAUACAUCAAGUAGGUUUUCUUCACAGAGACAUUAAACCGUCGAAUUUCUCAAUCGGACGGCUUCCAAAUAACUCGAGACUGGUAUACAUGCUAGACUUUGGACUAUCUCGUCAGUUUACAACUGCCACCGGUGAAGUUCGGCCGCCUCGCGGUGCAGCAGGAUUCAGAGGAACCGUCCGUUACGCGUCCGUGAAUGCACACAAAAAUAAAGAAAUGGGCAGACACGAUGAUCUGUGGUCACUGUUUUAUAUGUUGGUGGAAUUUGUUAAUGGACAACUUCCAUGGCGAAAAAUAAAGGAUAAAGAACAAGUGGGUCUCAUGAAAGAGAAGUACGAUCACUAUUCACUCUUGAAACACCUUCCAUCCGACUUUCGAGGUUUCCUGGUACACAUUCAGAGUUUGGAAUACGCGGAUAAACCAGACUACGAGAUGCUAGCGGGAUUAUUCGAGCGUUGUAUGAAACGCAGGGGUGUAAAAACGAACGAUCCCUACGACUGGGAGAGACCGAUGAUGAUGGUCAAUGACAGUUUACCAACUACCAGAUCUUUACCCGCGGUGACCGUGCCACCCGUAUUAACUACAGCGACUACUGUCAAUCAACCACCGCCUGCAUCGAACGUCGACACGAACAAUCAAGAGAACGUCGAACCUGACAACAGGAAAGAAUUAGACAUACAAUUCGAUUACGAAAGCAUAUGCAGAAGAAACAAACAACGCGGCGUCGAAGGAUCUUCGGUACCGUUCACCUCAGCUAUCAGCAAUCACGGCCGGGAUAAGAAUUGUAACGCUACGAUACCCACGAUCGACAAUGCCCAUCAACAAACCAGGCAGCAAACUGUUCUUCCGCCAACGACUCAUGGUUCACCCAAAAAACGGCGUGCAGUUUCAAUGGCUGCCGAACCCCAAACAGGAGUGGUAGCGGUCGAGAAACCCGUGGACAACGAAGGAGACGCAUUAAUGGCAUCCGCUCGUUCCGCUUCGGAGGUUACUCGGAAUAAAAUUAGCGCAAAGCUGCCAGCACCGUUGAGAAAAUCGCAAAGCGGAGCAUUCGUUCGAGUUCGGGUGAGGCCUGCAACCGAACCAACAACCGAAGAGCCGCCGAGUCCUCGAGUGCAAACCGAAGUCGAUGCAUCUUAUUGUUCCUAUGAUGUUACUAAUCCGAAAUACGUCGGCAAUCAAAGUCCCGUGACGGAACAAAGGGAGCCACUGAAAAGGGAGCUGCGUAGAAGAACAGACGGUCGACAGCAGACACGAGCGAGCCGUGCCACGAUAAGGGAACACUCCAUCACGCAGUUUGCACAGAUAGACGACGACAACGUGUCCGCGUUGCAACAAGUAACGAAAGGCGGUGGCGGAUUGACGCUGGCCUCCCAAUGGAAGUCGCAAUUCGACGAUUCCGAGGAGACCGACAACGAAUGGAAAGGAGAGAAUUUGCAAAGUCCCGAACAUAAAGGGACCGCGUUGCCAGCUAUAGUUCCGCAGUCGACAGCUGUCAGCGAUGCUGUGACUACCGCAUCUUCAGUGCCUGCGUCUAUCGAUGCGAAAACAGCGGUGGUUCAGUCGGCCACGUCGGUUGUAUCUCAUCAGCAUUCGGUGAUACCUUCCGCCCUGUCUCGAAUCAGCGAAGACUCGCCGAAGCCUUCGGUUCCUCAUCGAUGCCUGAAUAUCGCCGGCAUCGAGAAAUAUCCGGAUCUUCAGGGAGCACUUCCAAGCGCUUGGAGCGUUCCCGCAUUGGCGCCGCAUGUCCGUGCUCAUCUCGAAGCACCGUUGGUUCAACAGGCGGCGUUCGACGAUCUGUUGUACGAGGUCGACGUAAUGAGAAACAUUGCCACGCGUUACGACGAGCCGAGAGAGAGCCCCCCACCUCGAAGAGCGAGCGUACCGGCAGUUGCUUUCUCGCCCCCUAACACGAUGCCCAGUACACCCGGGGGCGAAGAAGAGGAGGGAGCGGUGGCUGGAAGGCUAGAGAUCAGGGUCGUGGAUGCAACGGCUGGUGCUACCGUCGUGCAAACGAUCGCCGACAGAGAACCGAUACAAAGAAAAAUGGCAAACGGUACAGUGGAUAGUCCAGCUGGCCCUAAUCCAGGAUCGGAAGAGUCGUCGGUAUAUGACGAUGCUGUUGAGAAUCGGCCACCUGCCGAUGCUGUCGCGCAUAAGGAUAACAAUACCACCACUGUCUCAGCCGCUCUAUCGAAUAUAGUCGCCACUCGUGAAUAUAAGGACAAUAAAGAAAAGGAAGCUCCAUGUAGGAUUUAUAACACUGUCAGUAAAAUACCGGUCCCGGUUAAAAGUCCCAGAUGUUCGCUAUCAGAGUCCACUCCAGAAAUGAAUACUCCGAACAGCAGGACUUGCGUGGGAAACGAAAUCGAAAAGUCGUCCACACCCGCGGCUAUAACCAGGGAAAAAGAUGCUACUAUCAAAGGCAAACCCUUGACAGCGCACUGGGAGGCCCGGGAACUACGACGCUGCGCAACGUUGCCCGACGCGCGACCGAUCUUUUCACCUUUAACGUCGGCUAACUCAACGGAAGACGAGAAUUUAACCGGAUGCACUCCUGCGUUACGUCGCCGAAGGCAAAGCGAGAAAUACGUGACGGAUGCUAGUCAACUAAAUUUGCGAUUCCAAAGACCACAGCGCAGAGUCAGGCCGAAUUCCGAAAUACUGUCUCGAUUUUCUCCCAGAGGAGUACCUUCGCACCUACUAGGUGAAGCUGCCAAACAAACGGAAGAGAGUAGCGACAACGAUUCCGAUAGCAGUGGUCCAGCACCGAAUACUCAGCCUCCGCCGCCACCUCCCACAUCCUUGCCACCUCACGUUGCAGAGAAUAACGCCAGAUGCCGCAGAUUUCGACCUAUACCAGAUGCAACAAUUGUUAGCCGAGAGUCGUGAGAUACAACGUUCGCGAAUCAGAAAAUCGGCCGUUUCUUUGUAUUUGUAUUCGUAUUUGUAUCGAAGUCAGCAGAACUUUGCAGUCUGCUUCUUGAAUCGUGCGAAGCACAUCUUUCUUUUCACGUGUGCGCAAGUCGUGCGCAAGGAAGCAUGAUUUUGUCAAUUGGAAUGUAUGCUGUAAAAUAAUCGAGUCGAGAGAAAGAAGCUUUCCUCGGGAAAGGAAACGAUCGAAGAAAGAGACCCGGUUCGCGAGAAUUCGAGUUGCUUCUCUCGACGAACAAGCAAUUCCGAUUGUUCGCGAGACCGUCUGAAUACGUCUGAAUACGUCUAAGCACGUCUGAGCACGUCUGAGCGUUUCAAGGAAAUCGACGCAACUCGAGACGCACCGUCGUCGGGGUGUGUACGUUACGUUAAUCUGUCUCUCGUUGUCAGUCCAUCCGUGUGUUGAGCGCAUUAUUUAUUUUCGAUGCAAAAGUCUAUCGCUAAAGGCGGUUAUGUGAAUUGGUGGUGCUUCAAAGAUUAUACUUCCUAGUCUUUAAAUGCGUCCGAUGAUAUAAGAAAUAUUAACGACUAUAUGUAAAUGAUGCACGUUACCAAGUUACAACGUAAUAACGGCGUUUUCAAGAGAUAUCGAGAAAGACGGCGAGAACGCAUUCUUCCUCUACACUUUUCUUUCUAUCUCUCUCGUCCCUCUGUCCGUAGAACACUAGAAUAUCGUUUCUUCUGAUUUCGCGAAGCGUCCAAUUUCUUUCGAGGUCCGCGCGUGCACCUCUGCUCUCGUCGCAAACGUGUUCUCGAUUAGCGAGCUCAGUUUCCUCUUUUGCAAAUUUCACUCUGGUCAGGGAUCCGAUGGAUAAGCUGGAAAAUCGUUCGAGAACUUGUUCUAGUGCCUUCUGUUCGGUAUUUUCUCAGAUUGCGUUCCGACACGCGCGAUUCGCGUGCUCGUUGGAACCAUAAACGUUCGCAUUCGCGCGUUUACUGUACGUACACACGUGUCUCUGCCUGUGUGUCCGGAGGAACAAGAUUUCUUUGAAAAACCACCAACCUACUAGGAGGGAGGGGGAGGUUCAUCGAAAACGAUCACGAGAGAAUUCGAUUCACGGCCAAGGAAACGGUUAGCAUCGUGUGUGUGUGUGUGUGUGUGUGUGUGUGUGUGUGAGCGCGCGCGCGUGCCCGCGUGCGUGCGUGCGUGCGUGCGUGCGUGUCUCUCUGUGUAUCGACGAAUCGUUCGCUGAACAUCUCUGCGGGAGGAUGAAUUCGGCUCGGAACCACGCGACAGACAUGCAAGUAAACAGAGUACUCGAAAAAGCUACAGUUAGAUUAUAUAUAGUAGAAUUACGCGUAUUUGUCUUGCACUUCCCGGUAACGUGAUUUUUCCAGACAGUUACGAAUUCGCAGUGGAAAGGAAUCUAGUGAUGCAUCAAACUAGUCAAGUAGAGUCCUCUAGUAUUCUAUUACCGAAACCAAAUUCGCGCAUAGAGUUAUACAUAUAUUGUACUUGUACAAAGUAGUUAAGGGUUUAUUUUGUGCAAUGGUCGAUAGAAAACGUUAACGAUACGAUGAGAAAUAGCUUUAAGUUGAAAUUGCGAAAAAUUGCGAACAUUCAUUUGCGUCGUAAUAUCGUGUACUAUACACGCAAACGAAAGGAUACCGAGUUACGAACACGCGAUAGAAACUAUUGACUGAUCCGAGUCUCUAUACGAGGGGGUAUGAAUCUAUGUAUAUGUACAUGUACGUAUACUCUUCUGUACGUAUGUUGUUACGAUUUGGACGGUGCGCAAUCGGUUCUCGAGUCCCGCGAGAUUGCGAUCGCAAAGUUUGCUCUGCGACAUAAUACAGAAAUAAUAAUGCAACGACAUUAAGGCGCAAGCGAGUCAACUCUGUAUAAAUCAGUAAUGGAUCUGUAAUCAAAGAUCAAAUGUAUGUUCGAAUGUAAACAAACACGCAUAAUACAGCUCAUUGGACGUAUCCCUUUAUUAUU